CUACUUGUAGAAGACGGUAUUGAUCCGGACUUGAAUGAUAGCCGGGGCAAGACGCCGCUCUCGCGGGCUGCUUGUAACGGGCACGAGGCUAUUGUCAAGCUAUUACUCGCAACUGGCCAUGUCGAGGCUAGCUCAAAGGAUCGGCACGGACAGACGCCGCUCUCGAGGGCUGCUUGUAACGGGCACGAGGCUAUUAUCAAGCUACUGCUCGCGACUGGCCAGGUCGAGGCCGACUCGAAGGAUAGCUGGGGCGGGACCCCGCUCUCGGAGGCUGCC